GAAAUUUUAGACUAUUCCCAUGUUCCAGGACAUGCUGUUCUUCAUCGAGGUCGCCAUAGGCAUGGUGCUAGAGCGACAGUAUCUGGUCGUCGGGUCAACUUACUUUUAUGGUGCAGAAGGUAUUUUUAUUAUCAUUUAUAUUUAUUCCCUUCGUAUAAAUGUACCCAAACACACAGUAGAGUAGACGCUUUUGACAGUGUUCUCCUGAAGCUAUGAUACCUGGCAUGACUUCCGCACCGUUUGUGGUAAAUAUUGAUUUUCCAAGUUCCAAGAAAGAUAGGGAACAAUCCAAGCGAAAGUGAAGAGGCUCACUUUUUGGAUAUUUUAUUGGAUUUAGUUGGACCAAAAGUUCUCAACUGCUUUUCAUUUUCAUUUUCAUCUUCACUGCUGCCCAUCAAGCUUGAAAUCAUGGCUUUGCCUCUUUAUGAUGUACUCCUACAUUAUAGCUUGUGUAUUUUCUGUUGGGCUUUUUCCGUUUUCCGUGAGCUGAGGAAAUAUCAGAAAGAUUUUUCAAGCUGGUGCGGAGAAUGCCAGCGUGAGAAGAUAGAAAGGCAGCAGAAUUCAAUUGCUGCAACCAAAGAGGAGUUGCUGAAGAGGGAAGGAAAACCUGCUCCUUAACCUGAAUUUGUCUACAGGGUUUUGCUUUUAAAGUUGUAAAUUAGUCAUUAGCACAGAGUAUCAUCUAUUUUCUCCUUCCUUUCAGUUAGACUAGAUUGUGAUGGUAACAUUGGAUAGACGAAUGGCAUUUUCAAAUCUUUGUUGUACUCAAGCUUCAAUCCUUUCGGCAAUCCAAAAAAAGACAAAAAAAAAAAAAAAAAAAAAAGAGAGAAAAGAGGAGGCGUCAAUCUUUCCUGGCGUUGGAGGAGCUGUUUGGGACAGCCACUGCUCAUCAAAUCUGAGGAGUUACCGUGUAGGACUCACUGUGUAAGAACUCUCCUUAUUUGUCUUACUAUUACUAUCGUCGACAAUCCAUUUCUUGCUCAACUCUUUUUUCUCGUGUAAAAAGGAGACUACUUCCAAUUGGAAUUGAAUGCCUUGAGAUUAAAACAUUGGACUAUCU